AUGGUGGUCCAUAGCAACAGUCUCCAGGUCGGAGGUUUGACCCCACGAUCAGAUUAUGACAUCACCAUCCUUAGCCUGCUGGGAUCAGACACCAGCCAGCCUGUCAUUAAACAGUUCUCCACACGUAAGACACACAAACAAACACAAACACACAAAUCAACCUCUGUGGCUCUAAAUGUGGCUAGCCAUAUCAGGGCCAUAUCAGAGUUCCUAGUAGUAACCUUUGACCCUCAGCUAUGUGGAGAGUCAGAGACUGAGACAGAGCUGAGUGUGAGAUGAGGCAGAUGAGACGUUAUACUAAUGUGUGCGUGUGUGUGUGUGCUGCAGGCCCGGCUGGUGUGUGUUCCCUCGCUCUCCUCCAUGUUAACUCUUCCUGUGCCAUGGUGAGGUGGGACACUGUCAUUGGCCAGUUUGACUUCCACAGGGAAGCUGUGGGAAAUGGCUUGCAUUCACACAUGCUAGUGGUCUCGAGGGAGACGCUGGUUGCUAUGGUAACCGGGUUGCGGCACGGCUGUAGCUACAACAUGAGCGUGGAGCGCAUCAGACGAGGAGAGGCAGGGACAGCAGCCUCCCUGACCGUAACCACAGGUACCUGAGUGCAACACAACUAUUACUGAACAAAAAUAUAAACGCAACAUGCAACAAUUUCAAAGAUUUUACUGAGUUACAGUUCAUAUAAAGAAAUCAGUCAAUUUAAAUCAAUUCUUUAGGCCCUAAUCUAUGAAUUUCACAUGACUGGGCAGGGGCGCACCCACUUGGCAGCCAGGCCCACCGACCGGAAAGCCAGGCCCAGCCAGUCAGAAUGAGUUUUUCCCCACAAAAGGGCUUUAUUACAGACAGAAAUACUCCUCAGUUUCAUCAGCUGUCCAGGUGGCUGGUCUCAGAUGAUCCCGCAGGUGAAGAAGCCGGAUGUGGAGGUCCUGGGCUGGCGUGGUUACAUGUGGUCUGCGGUUGUGAGGCCGGUUGGACGUACUGCCAAAUUCUCUAAAACAAUGGCUUAUGGUAGAGAAAUUAACAUUAUGUGUAAUGAUCAUGCUGUUUAAUCAGUUUCUUGAUAUGCCACACCUGCCAGGUGGAUGGAUUAUUUUGGCAAAGGAGAAAUGCUCACUAACAGGGAUGUAAACAAAUGUGUGCACAACAUUUUAGAGAAGUAAGCUUUUUGUGUGUAUGAAACAUUUCUGGGAUCUUUUAUUUCAGCUCAUGAAACAUGGGACCAACACUUUACGUGUUGCGUUUAUAUUUUUGUUCAGUAUAUAUUACUCUAUGACCGCUCUAUGACCGCAACUCAGCCACAACUUCCCUGAUUUUAACCAUGGGUCACUCAAUAAGUUAUACAUGUGUAUAUAAGACUUCUAUCUCUCUCUGUCCCUACCUCCAUCUCUCUCUCUCUCUCCCUUAGUACCGGGCCGUGUGCGGGGUGUGUGUGUGGUGAGUGUGUCUGCUCAGAACUUCUCUCUGCGUUGGGAGCAGUCAGAUGGGUGUGUGGACCAGUACCUUGUCAGCCUGUUGCUCAUCCAAGGAACUGUCUCUGUCUACCACACACACACACACAAACACAAGGAAGCCAUUACUGUGGUGAAUUAUUAUUAAUGAACUGUAGAUUUUAAUAGACUAUGAGGUAGAACUGGGUUAAUCAAGAGCAUAAAGUUAGAAUUGUUUGUUACUGGGCCAGCAAUUGUAUUGGGUCAUUUAAUUUCACUGCGUGGGGGAGUAGAGAGGAAAUCUGCCCUAGGGUCAGAUUGCUUGCUCUUACUUAAAUCCAUGUCUGUCUUAUCUGAUGAGAGACUGAAACUAGCUUGUGGCCUUUUGUCUCUCUCUUCAAACACAGUCAAGGGAGCGGCACCAGGGUUGAAUAGAGUUUGGGCUAGACCUUUCUCUCCUUGGUAUCUUCUUGAUUGAUUACAGCAUGAGGGGGUGAGGUUUGUGUAAUUUAGGGCCUUGUCAUGUUUAAACUAAACAUGAGUGUGUGUGCAAGACAGGGGAGCGAGUGAUUGGUUGGAGUAAUAGUUCAGCCGUCCUCAGGGACAAAGAAAGUGGGUGUGGAGCAAUAAAAGAGCGGGAAAACUGAAGAGGACUAUAUAAGCUGGAGGGAGACCAUAAGGAUGUGUGCCACUCUGCAGACUGGUAUCGGCUUUGUUGAAAUUUUAAUAAAGUCAUUUCUUGAUGCAACAAAAACUCUGUAAGACCUUAUUUGUAAUAAAGUAUAGUGGUUAUUUUCCACAACAUUACACAGUAGCAGUGGAGAUGAGAAGUUAACCUGCUUCUGUUAACAUCAACACAAGUGAGUUAUGGAGACACACACAAACAUACUAGCACAUACCUCCACCAGACCCCACCCCUUCCUGACCCUGCUCAGCAGCCAGGUGUCAGAUAACCCCCAAUGUAACCUAACACACACACACAGGUUGAGUAAUAGAGCUCAUUAUUUAUUAGGUAGACCUCCUGAGCUCAACCUUGAAUAAUUUAUUCAGUGAAGCUGCUCUCCUGAGAGAGAGAGAGAGAGAGAGAGAGAGAGACUGCAUGGAGUUAUGGUGGACACACUGCCCUGCCUCUCUCUGACCCUAACCGGCUGACCACUGGGUUACUACCAUAGCUGGACUAUAACUACUACUGCUGUAGCCAACCUGUUGCUACCCUCAACUAGUACUGCUGCUGUAACUUACCUGCUCUAACUGUUUCGGCAUGGACUUAUGCUCUAAGAUCUAAACUGCUAUAACCUGCUGACAACACUGGACUGAAGAACUGCAAACUUCACGCUAACUACCAACUCUGAACUAAGCCCUCUAAUCUAGAAUCUUUAGAUAAUGGCUACCACUGGACGCUAACACGGCCUCUUCCUUUCUAACCUGCUGCCUCUGACCAGCUAACUGGGCUAACUGCAUCAUGGCCCUCACUCGGCUCCUGAUCAUCACCUUCUAUCUGGGAUACACACACACACAGGUUAGACUGCCACACACACACACACACACACACACACACACACACACACACACACACACAAACACAAACACACAAAAACACACAAACACACAAACACACAAACACACAAACACACAAACAUCUGCAACCGCAUAGUUCUGCUGUGGUCAUGUUCUGACCAUGCGGUCCCUCAUCAGGCUGAUGUAUCCAGUCUGAGUUCUCGAACAGCGUUUACGGUCAUGGUGACCGCCGCAUCCUCCUCCAACCUCAGCCCUCCGGUCAGCCGCAUUAUCAACACCAACGAAACCGGUGAGACACAAACACACACACAAACACACACAUACACAAACACUUGAAUGUGUGACAGCCGAACUGAUAGUGCUCUGAGGAAUCGUUGGGUCUGUUCUGCUGCUGCCCUCUGCUGAUAAUGUUUUAUUGUGUGUGUGUGUGUGUGUGUGUGUGUGUGUGUGUGUGUGUGUGUGUGUGUGUGUGUGUGUGUGUGUGUGUGUGUGUGCGUGCGUGCGUGCGUGCGUGCGUGCGUGCGUGCGUGCGUGCGUGCGUGCGUGCGUGCGUGCGUGCGUGCGUGCGGGGUAACUGUAGCCAUGCUAAGCAGGAUGAAUGAUGCUGUAGUAAAUGUCAGAGCUCUGAGGGUCUAUUUACCAGAAUAGAGCAAGCUGGUCACAUACACACACACACACACACACACACACACACCCAGUUGGUUGACCCAAUACCAAACAAAACAACAACAGUAUCUGCAGUAUCUGCAACAAGAGUAGGGGAGACCGGGGUUGGUUGUCUCAUCGGUUGGAUGUCAUAGUUCUAAUUAUUCCCAAUCUAAAAGGACCUGCGUAAUAUUUUUAAGGUUAAAAUGUGUGCAUUUUUUGAAAGAACACAUCCACCUGGUCAACUCAUGUCAGCAUGACAAAAAAUUGAGGUGACUGAAUGUAUGUUUUUCAUAGGUGAAAGUAAAAAUUUAAAAUCUUGGAAUUUUCUUUGUAAAUGUUUGAAUUAUGUGAGUAGCCAUGAACAAUUAUGUUUGUAGAAAAGAGGAACGGGUGAGCUAUAUUUCAAACCUAUCUUUUUUCUUUCACACACCCACAUCCGCACACAUGCGUGUGCAAACACACACAUACACACACACACAUUUACUCAAAAUGUCAUAUGUUAUUCUCACAGCAUAAAAUUCUGAAUUUUGUUAGGAAUGUAAUUUGAUCAAUGAAAGGCUACAGUGGGGGAAAAAAGUAUUUAGUCAGCCACCAAUUGUGCAAGUUCUCCCACUUAAAAAGAUGAGAGAGGCCUGUAAUUUUCAUCAUAUGUCAACUAUGACAGGCAAAUUGAGAUUUUUUUUCUCCAGAAAAUCACAUUGUAGGAUUUUUAAUGAAUUUAUUUGCAAAUUAUGGUGGAAAAUAAGUAUUUGGUCACCUACAAACAAGCAAGAUUUCUGGCUCUCACAGACCUGUAACUUCUUCUUUAAGAGGCUCCUCUGUCCUCCACUCGUUACCUGUAUUAAUGGCACCUGUUUGAACUUGUUAUCAGUAUAAAAGACACCUGUCCACAACCUCAAACAGUCACACUCCAAACUCCACUAUGGCCAAGACCAAAGAGCUGUCAAAGGACAUCAGAAACAAAAUUGCAGACCUGCACCAGGCUGGGAAGACUGAAUCUGCAAUAGGUAAGCAGCUUUGUUUGAAGAAAUCAACUGUGGGAGCAAUUAUUAGGAAAUGGAAGACAUACAAGACCACUGAUAAUCUCCCUCGAUCUGGGGCUCCACGCAAGAUCUCACCCCGUGGGGUCAAAAUUAUCACAAGAACGGUGAGCAAAAAUCCCAGAACCACACGGGGGGACCUAGUGAAUGACCUGCAGAGAGCUGGGACCAAAGUAACAAAGCCUACCAUCAGUAACACACUACGCCGCCAGGGACUCAAAUCCUGCAGUGAAAGACGUGUCCCCCUGCUUAAGCCAGUACAUGUCCAGGCCCGUCUGAAGUUUGCUAGAGUGCAUUUGGAUGAUCCAGAAGAGGAUUGGGAGAAUGUCAUAUGGUCAGAUGAAACCAAAAUAGAACUUUUUGGUAAAAACUCAACUCGUCGUGUUUGGAGGACAAAGAAUGCUGAGUUGCAUCCAAAGAACACCAUACCUACUGUGAAGCAUGGGGGUGGAAACAUCAUGCUUUGGGGCUGUUUUUCUGCAAAGGGACCAGGACGACUGAUCCGUGUAAAGGAAAGAAUGAAUGAGGCCAUGUAUCGUGAGAUUUUGAGUGAAAACCUCCUUCCAUCAGCAAGGGCAUUGAAGAUGAAACGUGGCUGGGUCUUUCAGCAUGACAAUGAUCCCAAACACACCGCCCGGGCAACGAAGGAGUGGCUUCGUAAGAAGCAUUUCAAGGUCCUGGAGUGGCCUAGCCAGUCUCCAGAUCUCAACCCCAUAGAAAAUCUUUGGAGGGAGUUGAAAGUCCGUGUUGCCCAGCGACAGCCCCAAAACAUCACUGCUCUAGAGGAGAUCUGCAUGGAGGAAUGGGCCAAAAUACCAGCAACAGUGUGUGAAAACCUUGUGAAGACUUACAGAAAACGUUUGACCUGUGUCAUUGCCAACAAAGGGUAUAUAACAAAGUAUUGAGAAACUUUUGUUAUUGACCAAAUACUUAUUUUCCACCAUAAUUUGCAAAUAAAUUGAUAAAAUGUGAUUUUCUGGAUUUUUUUUCCUCAUUUUGUCUGUCAUAGUUGACGUGUACCUAUGAUGGAAAUUACAGGCCUCUCUCAUCUUUUUAAGUGGGAGAACUUGCACAAUUGGUGGCUGACUAAAUACUUUUUUCCCCCACUGUAUAUGGUAUAUUGCUUCGUUCCCUGUUACAAAAGGAAUAAGCUACUAGCAAACAUUGUGACAUGAUGGGGCUGGUUGUGUUCAAGGGUUUAUAAUUCCAUGUUGGAAUACGAUAUGAGGAUUAAAGAGUUCCCCAUUUCAACCCAAGACCUUGGACUUUAUCUUAAUAUUGAAAAGAGUCUUGUAAGAUAUACUGGUGCUGAGAAAUACACAGGAGAGUAAAAUGUGUGACAACAACCCCGGUCACCCCUAUCUUUCACAACAUCUCUCACCAUCCUCCCAAUUUGUUGAAUGGACUUACUUGUUAAGGACUUUUAUGUAUGGAUUGGAUGCUUUAUGAUGACAUAUCUAAUAGAUUUUCAGGAGAUUUUGGUGAAUAUGUCCUUAACAGUUCUUUUUAUUUUUUGUCUUCUUCUUCUACUCCUCCUCCUCCUCCUCCUCCUCCUCCUCCAGCCCCAAAAUCUCCUCCAACCAAUCUAGAGGGAGAGAGGGUGGGCUCCAAUGGGAUCCUUCUGUCUUGGACCAUGCCCUCUGACUCUCCCAUUGACGGUUAUGUGAUCAGGUAUGAUGUAAACCCAGAAUAAGCCUACUCCUGGACUGCUUUUACUGUAAUGUAGAUGAUCUAUUAGUCAUGCUUUUAGUCCAGAAGUACACUGUCAACCAGAAGGCAUUUUUAACUAAAAAAAUACUUCUAGUGAGUUGAACUCAAAGUAAAUGAAAAGUCAUUAUUACUUAAAAUGUUUGUGAUACUGACUCAAAACUAAAUGAGAAGUCACUUCAACUACAUUUUUAAAAGUUUUGAUAACAAAUUAACUUUUUACCCAGCAAAUUGUUUAUAAUAUCUGUGUUUUUGCAUGUACAUUGAGUGAUUGAUUGAUUAAUCGUAUGCUACACAAAGAUAAAAACAUACAUUUUUCUAAACUAAUCCAUUAAUUUAGUUAUAUUCUUUUGCACCUUUUACUGAAAUGGUUGUUCCAGUUUAAAUGGCUUAGGUAGUAUCCUCACAUUGUUUCUAACACUGGCAGUCAUUAUGGAUGCAGGUUGGGGUGAAUAAAAAUUUCAACUGUUGGAUAUCCUAAUUCUGGCUGGAUUCCAAUAGGAAUUACACAUCACUAGUGAUGGGGAAACGAAGCUUCCUGAAGCAUUGAGGAUUUCCAGCCAAUUGUGUUGAAAAUAUGUUCAUUACUCAUGGCUUUGAUCAACACAGUGUACACUAGUGGCACCUGCUGGUCAAAAUAAUUAAGCAUGGCCAAAUGAUUAUAGACGACGUCCCACACUCCGUAGCACGUACGCAGCGUAGCCUUUCAGUCUUCUACCAAACCAAUCAGACGGUUGUUCAACAAAACAAGCUUCAGAUAUCAUUGAUCACGUGCGUCUGAUAAGUGAUAUAGGCAUCGGCACACUGAUUAGCAAUUUCAACUGCAACUCAACAACCAUGUCUUUGUCACUAACAAAUACAGUCAUGGGUGGUAACUCUACAAUUCACUCGAAAAGGCAAGGCACACUGGGAAAUUAUAUUGGGGGCGUGGCUUGGUGGGGGCGUUACUUAAAUGUUCAAGCUGAGAUGCUCUGCUUUUUGACACCACACUCCACAAAGCAAGUCCUGCAGGCUCUAGUUUUAUCUUAUCUUGAUUAUUGUCCAGUCAUAUGGUCAAGUGCUGCAAAGAAAGACCUAGUUAAGCUGCAGCUGGUUCAGAACAGAGCGGCACGUCUUGCUCUUCAUUGUAAUCAGAGGGAUAAUAUUAAUACUAUGCAUGCCAGUCUCUCUUGGCUAAGAGUUGAGGAAAGACAGACUGCGUCACUUCUUGUUUUUAUAACAAACAUUAAUUUGUUGGAAAAACCCAAAAAUUCAAAAUAGUUUGCAUAGUCAACUUACACACUGCACUGACACACACACUUACCUCACCAGGACCUCUAUAUCAGGUGGUGUGAAAAGAAGGCCUGGAAAAUCGUCAAGAACCCCAACCACCCAAGCCAUAGACUAUUUUCUCUGCUGCCGCACGGCAAGAGGUACCAGUGCAUCAAGUCUGACACCAACAGGCUCUUGAACAGCUUCUAUCCCCAAGCAAUACGACUGAAAAAUAGCUAACAAAAUAGCUACACGGACCGAGGUUACCUUGCAUCUUUAUUUACCUUUUAUUUCAGUAUUUGCAUUGUCUCUAUGCACACUCACAAGGCCCUACACACUCACACACACUGCCACUCCAACACACACACAAACAUUCACUCCAUCAUUUGCUCACUCGCACAUAAUAUGCACAUACAUUUAUACUGACUCUACACACCCACACACCCACUCACAUACAAGCUGCUGCUACUCUGUUUAUCUUACAUCCUGUUGCCUAGUCACCUUACCUCUAUACAUAUCUAUCUCCAUCGCUCCAGUAUCCCUGUACAUGUAAAUAUGGUAUUGGAACUUACUUUUUAAAUAUUUUCUGUAUAUAGUAUGCUUACUUACUUACUUACUUUAUUGUGUAUUUCAUAUUUCUUAUUCUUAUUUCUCGUGUUUAUUUUUUUUUCUAGUAAUACACUGUUAUUAGCUAUUGCAUUGUUGGGUUUUGAGUUUGCAAGAAAGGCAUUUCACUGUACUUGUGCAUGUGACAUUAAAACUUGAAACUUGAAACAUGCCACCAGGGUUUUUUUCACAGUCCCCAGGUCCAGAACAAAUUCAAGGAAACAUACAGUAUUAUACAGAGCCAUGAGUGCAUGGAACUCCCUUCCAUCUUAUAUAGCGCAAGUGAACAGCAAACCUGGUUUAAAAAAACAAAUAAAGCAACACCUCACGGCACAACGCCUCUCCCCCAUGUGACCUACUUGUUGUGUGUAUGUACUGACAUGUAUGUGUAACUGAUAGAUGCACACGCACACGCACACUACAUGUUAAUGUUUUUAAAUGUAUGUAAAUUGUAAAGUAUUUUGUCUGUAAUGUAUUUUUCGUGAUAUGUCGGACCCCAGUAAGACUAGCUGUCGCCAUUGGCGUUGGCUAAUGGGGAUCCUAAUAAAUCAAAUAAAUCCAGUGAAGGGAUAUCUUAACGCUACAGCAUACAAUGACAUUCUAGACAAUUUUGUGCUUCCAACUUUGUGGCAACAGUUUGGAGAAUGCCCUUUCCUGUUUCAGCAUGACAAUGCCCUCGUGCACAAAGCGAGGUCCAUACAGAAAUGGUUUGUCGAGAUCGGUGUAGAAGAACUUGACUGGCCUGCACAGAGCCCUAACCUCAACCCCAUCUAACACCUUUGGGAUGAAUUGGAAUUACGACUGCGAGCCAGGCCUAAUCGCCCAACAUAAGUGCCUGACCUCACUAAUGCUCUUGUGGCUGAAUGGAAGCAAGUCCCUGCAGCAAUGUUCCAACAUCUAGUGGAAAGCCUUCCCAGAAGACUGGAGGCUGUUAAAGCAGCAAAGGAGGGACCAAUUCCAUAUUAAUGCCCAUGAUUUUGGAAUGAGAUGUUCGACGAGCAGGUGUCCACAUACUAUUGGUCAUGUAGUGUAUAUUAAGUGUAACAGAUUUCCUCAAAGGUUUUUAGUAAUGACAGCACAUUGGAGUUUACAGUGUAGGCUUAAUCUGGGUCGGGAAUAAUAAUAUAAUAUGCCAUUUAGCAGACGCUUUUAUCCAAAGCGACUUACAGUCAUGCGUGCAUACAUUUUUUGUGUAUGGGUGGUCCUGGGGAUCGAACCCACUACCUUGGCGUUACAAGCGCCGUGCUCUACCAGCUGAGCUACAGAGGACCACGAAUAACACUAUAUGGGGAAUAGGAUGUUGAUAUUCCACCAGUAUUUACUUCUAAAUUAAGUUUAAAUAAAGUUGUUUGUAUAUCACCUUGUGUUUAAAUAAAUGUGUUUCUAUUGAAUUUCAGGUACAAGGAGAUGUGUCCAUAUCCAGACACCACCUUCAAAGAGGUGCCCAAACACCUGGAUGUCCCUGAGACUCUCCUCAACCUCUUUUUACCAGGAUCUACCUAUAACAUCAAGGUAACACUCAAUCAGUACCAGUGGCGAUUUUAGCAUGUAAAUCUUGGUGGUGCAAACUUGUUUUUGAUGCAUGCCAGCAAGGCCACUACACAACACAACACUAAACAAUACAGUGCAUUUGGAAAGUAUUCAGACCCCUUGACUUUUUCCACAUUUUGUUACGUUACAGCCUUAUUCUAAAAUGGAUUAAAUAGUUUUUUCCCCUCAUCCAUCUACACACAAUACCCCAUAAUGACAAAGCAAAAACUGGUUUUAAAUGUAUUACAAAUAAAAAACGGAAAUAUCAUAUUUACAUAAGUAUUCAGACCCUUCACUCAGUACUUUCUUGAAGCACCUUUGGCAGCGAUUACAGCCUCUAGUCUUCUUGGGUAUGAUGCUACAAGCUUGGCUGUUUGGGGAGUUUCUCCCAUUAUUCUCUGCAGAUCCUCUCAAGCUCUGUCAGGUUGGAUGGGGAGCAUCGCUGCACAGCUUUUCAGGUCUCUCCAGAGAUUUUCGAUAGGGUUCAAGUCCGGACUCUGGCUGGGCCACCCAAGGACAUUCAGAUACUUGUCCCGAAGCCACUCCUGUGUUGUCUUGGCUGUGUGCUUAGGGUUGUUGUCCUGUUGGAAGGUGAACUUUUGCCUCAGUCUGAGGUCCUGAGCGCUCUGGAGCAGGUUUUCAUCAAGGAUCUCUCUGUACAUUGCUGCAUUCAUCUUUCCCUCGAUCCUGACUAGUCUCCCAGUCCCUGCCACUGAAAAACAUCCCCACAGCAUGAUGCUUCCACCAUCAUGCUUCACCGUAGGGAUAGUGCCAGGUUUCCUCCAGACGUGACACUUGGCAUUCAGGCCAAAGAGUUCAAUGUUGGUUUCAUCAGACCAGAGAAUCUUAUUUCUCAUGGUCUGAGAGUCCUUUAGGUGUCUUUUGGCAAACUCCAAGCGGGCUGUCAUGGGCCUUUUACUGAGGAGUGGCUUCCGUCUGGCCACUCUACGAUAAAGGCCCAAUUGGUGGAGAGCUGCAGAGAUGGUUGUCCUUCUGGAAGGUUCUCCCAUCUCCACAGAGGAACUCUGGAGCUCUGUCAGAGUGACCAUCGGGUUCUUGGUCACCUCCCUGAUCAAGGCCCUUCUCCCCCGAUUGCUCAGUUUGGCCGGGUGGCCAGCUCUAGGAAGAGUCUUGGGGGUUCCAAACUUCUUCCAUUUAAGAAUGAUGGAGGCCACUGUGGUCUUGGGGACCUUCAAUGCUGCAGACAUUUUUUGGUACCCUUCCCCAGAUCUGUGCCUUGACACAAUCCUGUCUCAGAGCUAUAAAAAUCUAAUUGUAUUUGUCACAUGCGCCGAAUACAACAGGUGUAGACCUUAUGUGAUGAGGUGUGAAUGACGGAGUCAGGCGCAGGAGGUAAAACACCGAAAUCAAGAGUUUAUUCAGUGUACAAUAAUGUAGCGCAUAUAGCGACAGAAUGAAACUAGCACAAUGGAAAAUCAACCUUGGCCGCAUACAAGUAAAGAGUAGCUCAACCAAGCUACUCACUCUCACAACGAACAAUCACUCACAAAGGACAAGGGGGCAGAGGGAACACUUAUACACAUUGACGCUUUGCCUGUUUGAUGGUUCGUCGGAGGGCAUAGCGGUAUUUCUUAUAAGCUUCCGGGUUAGAGUCCUGCUCCUUGAAAGCGGCAGCUCUACCCUUUAGCUCAAUGCGGAUGUUGCCUGUAAUCCAUGGCUUCUGGUUGGGGUAUCUACAGACAAUUCAUUCGACUUCAUGGCUUGGUUUUUGCUCUGAAAUGCACUGUCGACACUGUCGACUCUGGUACAUUAUAUAGACAGGUAUGUGCCUUUCUAAAUCAUAUCCAAUUGAAUUGACCACAGGUGGACUCCAAUCAAGUUGUAGAAACAUCUCAAGGAUGAUCAAUGGAAACAGGAGGCACCUGAGCUCAAUUUCGAGUCUCAUAGCAAAGGGUCUGAAUACUUAUGUAAAUAAGGAAUUUCUGUGUUUACAUUUUUAUACAUUAGCAAAAAUUUAUAAAAACCUGUUUUCACUUUCUCAUUAUGGGGUAUUGUGUGUAGAUUGAUGAGGGGAACAAAUAGUUUAAUCAAUUUUAGAAUAAGGCUGUAACGUAACAAAAUGUGGAAAAAGGGGUCUGAAUAUUUCCGAAUGCACUGUACAUUCAUUGGACGAUAACGGUGACAAACGGUGCCCAAAAACUGUUAGUGCCUACAUAAAGUUGCCCCAACAGCAGAGUCCCAACAUCAGUCCCAACACCUUACCACCGCUACACAUGGCUAUCAGCGGAGCCUUGUCUGGCAGCGAAACAGUUCAUUCAGCCUCAAUUACUGCCUUAAAAAAAAGCAUUGCUGAUAUGGCUGACUUUCUUAAACAAAUGUGGUUUCUACUGACAAUUGAGAUGUACAAACUAUGGCAUAAGGGGACGACAUGCGGAUAAGAGGCAAUCCGUCAUUUUAUAAAGACAUUAAUGAGCGAGCUAGGACGGAUGUAGUCAAUAUAACUAUUUGUUCAGCACUUUUGAAAUGUACAGGGAUAGAAUUCAGAACAUGGGCCGUUCUUACAGUAUUCUCCCUGUACACCAAGUCAGAACCGUAGGAUAAAUAAAGGGGGCAUAUAAGCAGACAAUUAAAGCCCUUACAAUGUUCGAUAAUGACAUUUCUCUAAAACAGGCUAUAUGCUACUUGUGCACCACCAAGUCAGAACAGUAGGCUAAAUUAUGAGGGGAAAAGGCACAUGGGCUACUAACAGCUUACUACACAACAUACACUUAGUAUUACUUUCUUAGUUACAGUAUACAUUUCUCCCUGGCAUAUUACAUCAUUUAUGCAGCAGCAUACAAUACAUUUUGGACUCAACUUCUUGUGCUGUGCUCACUUGAACAGGAAGGUGGCGCAGCAAUCUUUCAUGGGCAAAUUUUGUCAUCAAACUUUGUCAUCAAAGUCUGCCAUUCUCUGGAUUUAUGGUGCUUUCAAGACAACUGGGAACUAUGAAAAAAACAAGGUUGAAUCAUGACGUUAGUGAUCUUCAGGUCGGAGCUCUAGAAAGAGGCCUGAGUUCCCGACUUGGAAUUCCGAGUUGGAUGACCGUUCAAAACCGAUUUUCCCAGUCGGAGCUCAUUUUUUCAGAGUUCCCAGUUGUCUUGAACUCACUGAAGUCUGAGAUUUCCCAGUUCCGAGUUUCAAGUUGUUUUGAAUGCGGCAGAAGUCAUGCUGGAUAGACAGCAUGGCCAAUGUUAAAUGUUUAUCCUUUUAAGCUUGGAAAAGAGACACAUAUCCACUCCACUGAAUAGCAGGCUAGUGAUUGCUUUGCAAUGCUUGCAGUUAGCCACUGAUUCCUUCCAAACCGCUCAUUGUUGAAUUUGUGAUUUUCAACUUGUUGUGUAAUGUUUAUGUCCGAUGAGCACCGAUACGUUUUAUCUAUAAUUUCUGUUCAUCAUUUCUAUUUAUAUGACAAGGAUUGAAAAGGAUUUGCCAGUAGAUUGUCGACUUGAUUCAUGCUGAUGACUGCUAGCUUGCUAGCUAAGAUUUUGAAAGUAUGACGUUGACAUGAUCAGUCCAAUCAUAGCUACUGUAGAUAUAACGUGAUUUGACGUCAUUUUAUCUGUGGCCAAUGACCUUGAGCCUUCUUGGAUGGGCACUUCUAAUGUAACUCUAUGGCAGCACCCAAUGGGCUUGAAUUUUUUGAGCUCUCCCCGUAGAUUUUGCGGUGACAUAGUGUCCCCAUGAGUGACAGAACACUGAGCCAAUCACGCCGCAACUAGAGAACAUUACCAACCUCUCCGCUCCGUAUUUUCCGCUGGCUGCCCCACCACCACAGAAAGCACUGAGCUAGGCUGAAACACCUGCAUUUGAUCAGUACAAAUAAGUACACUGUAAACCCCAAUGUGCUUUCAUUACUCAAAACUUUUGAGGAAACCCGUGGCACUUAAUAUAUCUGAGUACAGUUACUGUAAGUGAUUUUGUAGUCAUUACUAAAACCGAUAGAUUCACUGUGACCCUGUAGGGCAGUGGUCACCAACCAGUCGAUCGCAAUCGACUGGUCGAUCUCCAAGCUAUUCCUAUCCGCUCACAAAACAUUUCUGUAAAAAACCCAACGAUAAAGCCUUGCGUUCCUAUUUGUUUUAUUCGUUUCGCGCUGUUGGCAGUAGGUGCACUUGAUUCAGCAGCCCUAGCUCCAGGAAGGCAAAGUGUUCCCAUUUUGAACCAUUUCAUGUGUCUGAAGGUAGAACUCCGCCUACCUGGCAAAUCAAGUGCACCUAUAGGCCUACCGCUGGCCAAUCAGAUAGCUCAGAUCACGUGUCUGCACAGUUUCCUCGCACCAUAGACUGUAAUAAGAAGCCUUGAACGGACAGCAAUGUUGAUAAAGUGAGAUUUCAAAACUUUUAAAACCAUGACUAGAGAGAGACUCAACGAAUACAGCACAGUGCUAGUGUUUUUAUGAGUAAGCUCAUGUUUAAGCUAUUCAGCACUGUCAACACUUUGUUCAACAGUUUUAUAAGCUAUCAAAUGCACGCUCUCCAUACUUCCACUCACGCUACAAUCACCACUGCAGCUGCAAUGAAUGAGUAUAGCAAAGUGCUUCGAUAAGCUUGCUUUGUUAUUAUUUGUGUAUUUUAACUAUCUAGGAAUAUUUCACAUUCUCUGGGAAUAGGAGUAACUAUAUGAACUGGUGUAUGCUGCAGAAAUAAUGCAGUGUGACUUAAGUUUCGCCAUCAGUUGGAAGACUGUGUCCCCUUUUCUCAGUGGAAGGAGAGGUGAGAGGCAGCCUCACCGCUGCUCCUUCCCUCCCCUCAGACUGACCAUCAGAUGCAGGCCAUCAGUCCAGUAAAAAAAAGAGCAAAUUAUUAUGCUCACUCAGCUGUGCCUCACAAGUAAUACAACAAAUGAUCUAAUACCAAUGUGAUCAUAUACCUAAAAUGUUGAAAUAUGAUUUCUAAAUUGUCAACAACAAAAAGAAAACAUUGGCAGGGCAAUUCAAGCAUAGCCAAUAUGCAGUGAUAAUGUAUUGGGCCUAUAGCCUACUGCACAAACCUCAUUGCUACAGAACUCUUUUUAAUUGGUCAAUGUUGCAUAGGCUUACGUUUUUUAAGUAAUGUUAAAAAGAAAUCUGAGCGGUAGAUCUCAACUUGCAUUUUGGCUCAGAAAGUGAUCUGGACUCAGAAAAGGUUGGUGACCACUGCAGUAGGGGUUCCAGAUUUGAAUUGUAUCAGUUUGAAACGUUUGGGUGACCACCCACUAAGCCACGUCUGCAAUAUAAGUUCCCAGUGUGCCUUGCCUUUUCGAGUGAAUUGUAGAGUUACCACCCAUGACUGUAUUUGUUAGUGACAGAGACAUGGUUGUUCAAUUCAUUCGUUUUCAGUCUUGUGGCCUUCACCAAGUGAGUUCCUAGGUGAAUGUUGUCAUUAUAAUGAAACGCUUUAUGACAAUAUAUUACAUAUCUCAUAAGAUUUCAUUUUGAGGCCUAGCUUUACCCUAACGUGUGUGUGCAUCCAUGCAUGCAUGUGUUCUGGGCAGAUGCCUCCGGCGGGGAAACUAUUAUCUUGAUCUGGUUGAAUAAUUGAUUGUGAUUAAAUUAUUGAUCAUGUAAACAGAUCUAUGGAUCAGCCAUGCUGUUCUUUUUCCACAUAGUCUUCUGUCAAUAUGCUGUGUGUGUGAUAGUGGUUAAUAGUUUUCAGAAUGCAUGAAUCCUUAAUGAUCUUAAUACAGUUUAUUAUGAGCGGCAAGGGAGUGUGUGUGAAUGUGUGUGUAUCACAUUACCAGACGUUACUAAUGUGUACAGUAUAAAUAAAUAAUAUAAUAAAUAAAUUGGUCAUUUAGCAGACGCUCUUAUCCAGAGCGACUUACAGGAGCAAUUAGGGUUAAGUGCCUUGCUCAAGGGCACAUCGACAGAUUUUUCACCUAGUCGGCUUGGGGAUUAGAACCAGCAACCUUUCGGUUACUGGUACAACGCUCUUAACCACUAAGCUACCUGCCGCCUAUAAGCACACCCAGCAGUGCUGAGCAGGCUAUGUGCUGCUUUGUCCUCUUCCUCAUCUAAUCAUCUCUAUCCGUUCUUUCCUAUUCUCUUCCUGGAUUUUUCAUCUUCUCUGUUCUGGCUUCUAUUAAUAUUCUCUGUUCUAUUUUCAUAGCAAUGGAGCCAUUUCAUUAUCUUAUUUGAGUCAGAACCUCACUUUAACAUCUCAUCUAAAAGACGGCACUCUCUACAGCAGGGUUGGGCAAACUACGGACUGCGAGCCCAUUCAAUCCGUCCCGCAGGAGGUUUGAGUAAAACCCCUAUGUUUUAUUUUAGGGGGGAAAUUAUUAUUUUGGGUUUAAAAAACACUCCAGGCCACUCUUGAUUGUCUAAAGCUUGAUAGAAAGUAUGUAGAAAUUAUAAUGGAUUUAUAUAUUUUCAAAUACCUGCCCUUUUUCUGGCCCGCAAAAUUGAUUUUGACAAACAAAUUGGUUUUAAAAAAAAUGUGCGGCCCUCUGUUGAAUUUUUAAAUCCCGAUGUGGCCAUUGAGCCAAAGAGUUUGCCCACCCCUGCUCUACACAGUAGUUACCCAUCAUAUGAUGCAAAACUCGUCAUACCGGCUAUAUUUCUGCCAGCUUGAAUGGCGAAUACCUCAGAUGCACAUGAAAUGACCCCGGGAAUCGCUCAGAGAUGCACAAAAAGUAUAUACAUUAAAAAUGGGUGAAUAUUUAUUUUAGGACUAGAGGAAAUAGGGCCCUCAUCUGGCCUCCCCAACACCACAGCCAGCAUCAUCUGGUCUCCCAUCCAGGGAUGGUUAGUGCUAUCUGGGAUCCUUGGGACAUCCCUACCCUAAACCGUAACUUUAACCCAUACCCUUAGCCUAACCUUAACCAUAACCCUUACCUUAACCAUUUUAAAUAUAAACUUCAAUGGGGGGGUAGGUACCUACCAAGGAUCCCGGAUAGCAUGGACCAUCCAGGGAUUGACCAGGCCCAACCCUGCUUAGCUUCAAAGACAAGCUAGCAGUGGGAUGCUGUGUGUGUGUGUGUACCUGCCUGCCUGGUGUUGUGUGGCUGUUGCAUCAGUAAACGUUCCUGAUCGCUGGUAGAGAUUAAUAUGGGGGAGAUCUGAUGACUGAAUCCUGAAUUAGUAAUGAUGAUUAAUACUCUCUCUCACCCGCUCUCUCGCUCUCUCUUUCUCUCUCUCGCUCUCUCUCUUUCUCUAUCUCUCGCUCUCUCUCUUUCUCUAUCUCUCUCACUCAUAUAUAUUUCUCUCUCUCUCUCUCUCUCUCUCUCUCUCUCUCUCUCUCUCUCUCUCUCUCUCUAUCUCUACAUUUGAUUUGAUCUCUCUCUCUAGGUUGCAGCAGAAAAUUCUGCUGGUAUUGGACCCUAUAGCAAGUCUCUGUACAUCAAAACUGCUGAGGCCCGUAGGUAUCCAAUAAUAACAAACAAACACACACACACUUAUACACACAGACAAUGACAUUAGUUUGUCUAUCCCUUUCUCAAGCCCCCGGCCUGGUGACUAACCUGACAGCGUUUGCUCAGAACCACACGUUCGUAGUGGUCACGUGGUUCCUGCCGCUCCGCAUCAACGGUCUGAUCACCAAGUUUGCAGUUAAAGCCAAACACGCUCGUACCGGUCAGACCGUCCGCAUGCUGGAGCUGGAUGCUGAGGAAAUCAUGACCGUAGCGCUACCACACUGCAACGUACGUAUGUCUGUCUCUCUCAGUCUUUCUCAUUCUUUCUCUGUCUGUCUAGAGAUACUCUGACCAUAUCGGUAACAAGACUAUCUAGUUUUACCUUUGGUCCUCUGUGACGGAUGUGAGAUUAGCAUUUUCAACUUUUUUUUUUUACUUUCAGAAAAAAUAUUGUAGUCCAAACAGAGCAAUGCUACAGGCCUCCAGUAUUUUUUCUCCCUAUCUUUCUCUCACUCUCUCUAUUCAACUAAAUUCAAAGUGGAUUUAUUGGCAUGGAAAACAUGUGUUUACAGUGCCAAAGCAAGUGAAAAAACAAGACAACAUCGACAAAAACCAACAAAGAGAAUUAAACAAAACGAAGACAAAAACAAUCAGAUAUUAACAUGAACUUUACACACAAAGUUUCAAGAGAAUAACAACUUUUAAAGUAUUAUAUUAUUAGCAGUUAAAAAAUGUAGCAUAACAUUUAAAAUGUUACAUAAGCUCUGUCUUUGUGUACUUAAAUACAUACAUGUCUGUGUGUGUGUAGGAUGCAGCAGAAAUCCUGUCUCGUGGGACCCCCAGUCCAUCAGAGGUGACAGCGUCCUCUCCUCCCGUCACCCUGUCAGCCGUCCCGCCUGCCGCCACCUGGGCUGUACCAAUAUCUGUAGGGGUGGACCAGCUGCGCCCCUACACAGCAUACGUCUUCGAAGUGUCUGCUUUCACCUCCGACGGAGAGGGACAGGUCGCCUCCACCAUGGUCCGCAUGCCUGAGUCAGGUACACAAACACACACCCACACACUCCACCUCUCUACAUCUACAUAUCUCUGCCCAUCUCUCCAAAUCUCUUUCUAAAACCGUCUAUAUCUCAAUUUCUCUCUAUCUAUUCCUCACUUCAUCUCUCUCACCAUGUGAAUAUGUACAGUGAGGAAAAAAAGUAUUUGAUCCCCUGCUGAUUUUGUACGUUUGCCCACUGACAAAGACAUGAUCAGUCUAUAAUUUUAAUGGUAGGUUUAUUUGAACAGUGAAAGACAGAAUAACAACAAAAAAAUCCAGAAAAACACAUGUCAAAAAUGUUAUGAAUUGAUUUGCAUUUGAAUGAGGGAAAUAAGUAUUUGACACCUCUGCAAAACAUGACUUAGUACUUGGUGGCAAAACCCUUGUUGGCAAUCACAGAGGUCAGACGUUUCUUGUAGUUGGCCACCAGGUUUGCACACAUCUCAGGAGGGAUUUUGUCCCACUCCUCUUUGCAGAUCUUCUCCAAGUCAUUAAGGUUUUGAGCCUGACGUUUGGCAACUCGAACCUUCAGCUCUCUCCACAGAUUUUCUAUGGGAUUAAGGUCUGGAGACAUUAAUCUUAAUGUGGACCUUAAUGUGCUUCUUCUUGAGCCACUCCUUUGUUGCCUUGGCCGUGUGUUUUGGGUCAAUGUCAUGCUGGAAUACCCAUCCACAAUGCAUUUUCAAUGCCCUGGCUGAGGGAAGGAGGUUCUCACCCAAGAUUUUACGGUACAUGGCCCCGUCCAUCGUCCCUUUAAUGCAGUGAAGUUGUCCUGUCCCCUUAGCAGAAAAGCACCCCCAAAGCAUAAUGUUUCCACCUCCAUGUUUGACGGUGGGGAUGGUGUUCUUGGGGUCAUAGGCAGCAUUCCUCCUCCUCCAAACACGGCAAGUUGAGUUGAUGCCAAAGAGCUCGAUUUUGGUCUCAUCGGAGCACAACACUUUCACCCAGUUCUCCUCUGAAUCAUUCAGAUGUUCAUUGGCAAACUUCAGACAGGCCUGUAUAUGUGCUUUCUUGAGCAGGGGGACCUUGCGGGCGCUGCAGGAUUUCAGUCCUUCACGGCGUAGUGUGUUACCAAUUGUUUUCUUGGUGACUAUGGUCCCAGCUGCCUUGAGAUCAUUGACAAGAUCCUCCCGUGUAGUUCUGGGCUGAUUCCUCACCGUUCUCAUGAUCAUUGCAACUCCACGAGGUGAGCUCUUGCAUGGAGCCCCAGGCCGAGGGAGAUUGACAGUUCUUUUGUGUUUCUUCCAUUUGCGAAAAAUCGCACCAACUGAUGUCACCUUCUCACCAAGCUGCUUGGCGAUGGUCUUGUAGCCCAUUCAAGCCUUGUGUAGGUCUACAAUCUUGUCCCUGACAUCCUUGGAGAGCUCUUUAGUCUUGGCCAUGGUGGCCAGAGUUUGGAAUCUGAUUGAUUGAUUGCUUCUGUGGACAGGUGUCUUUUAUACAGGUAACAAGCUGAGAUUAGGAGCACUCCCUUUAAGAAUGUGCUCCUAAUCUCAGCUCGUUACCUGUAUAAAAGACACCUGGGAGCCAGAAAUCUUUCUGAUUGAGAGGGGGUCAAAUACUGAUUUCCCUCAUUAAAAUGCAAAUCAAUUUAUAACAUUUUUGACAUGCAUUUUUCUGGAUUUCUUUGUUGUUAUUCUGUCUCUCAUUGUUCAAAUAAACCUACCAUUAAAAUUAUAGACUGAUCAUUUCUUUGUCAGUGGGCAAACGUACAAAAUCAGCAGGGGAUCAAAUACUUUUUUCCCUCACUGUAUGUGUGUGCUGCAGCCCCAGAGGACCCUCCCCACAACCUGUCGGUAUGGAACGUGACGUCUAAGUCAGUCUCUGUCUCCUGGGAUCCGCCAACCAUUGUUACCGGACGCUUCAGCUACGUCACCUAUCUCUAUGGCCCCACAGGUACACGCACGCACACACACACAUAUAGUCACAUACAUCAAUCACUACAUUUAAAAUACUUGCUGAAGUAAAAACACUGAAGGUCGCAGAUCUAACCCUAACCCUGUGUGUGUGUGUGUGUGUGUGUGUUAGGGUUUAUCUAUGAGAACAGCACAGGGGACCUGAAGUUUGUGUACUCUGGUCUGACUCCCUACACACACUACAGAGUGGCCGUCCGGGCCAAGUCUGCUGGCCUGCUGGGGCCUGAGGCCUUUUCUGCUGCACUGACACAUGCUGAGGGUAAGAACACACAUUCGUCUUGAGUGAUGUGCUCUGCUAGUGCAGUGCUCUUCCUUUCCCUAUUGGUCAGUGAGGUGAGUGCAGGAGUAUUUUCCUACCUUGAACAUCUAAACAUUCCGCCUGGCUCUCUAACAUUGGGUCUAAGACUUGUCUGGCUCUCUGUGUGUGUGUGUGUGUGUGUGUGUGUGUGUGUGUAGCUCCCAGUGCGGUGAAGGCUCUACAGGCAGUAGCAGUAGACUCUGUGUCGGUGCGUGUGAGUUGGAGAAGCCCUGCCCAGCCCAAUGGUUUGAUCACACAGUACAGACUCCUGGUUCUGUCUGACAACACACUGCUGCAGGACAUCACCCUCAUCGGAACACAGGUACCACUCUGUGGAUGUGUGUGUUUGGGGUUUUACUAUCCUUGUGGGGACCAGAAGUCCUCACUAGGAUACCAAAACAAGGAGAAAAAAAUAUAUAAUUUUUUUAAAUUUAGGAACUCAGUCGGGGUACCCAUGAGCAACUGCGGCCCCUCAUGGUGAGUUCAGAUUUUUUGUGGCCCCCACCCCCAUCAAAGUUGCCCAUCCCUGGUUUAGGGUUAGGGUUAAAAUUAGGAUUAUAGUUAGAAUUAGGGUUAGGGGUUAGGAGUUAAGGUUAGGGUUAAGGUUAGGGGUUAAGGAAAUGUUAAGGGUUAGGGUUAGUGGUAGGUUCAGGGUUAUGGGUUAGGGAAAAUAGGAUUUGAAUGGGAGUAAAUGUUUUGGUCCCCACAAGGAUAGUAAAACAAACGUUUGUGUGUGUGUGUGUGUGUGCCUGAUGUUUUCCUCUUAUCUUUAGAAUCUAAAUGACACUGAUCUCCUUGGUGAUGGAACAUUAGUGCCAGGUAUCCCUGGUGACUCUCUGCGGCGUAAGAGAUCAUCUGACCUCAGCCUGACCACCUCUCCACCUGCAUUCACGGUCACCCUGCCCUACCACACGGUCGUCACUGGCAUGACCAUGACCGCAACCAGCCGCACACACAGCGGUUCAACCCCCCCUGACCUUAACCCUAACCUUGACCACAACAGUUACACUGUCCCCACAGUCACUGAGAGUCCCAGUCUGACCAGUAUGGGCCCUGUGACUGGGACUGACCAGACCUCUGACUUGCCAGAUUCCUCCCCUCUGACCUUUGACGCUGUAACUUCAGGGACAUCUGCCCUCUCCCUGACCUCUUCAACCCCGGCCACACCCCUCCCCUGGCUCACAGCCCACUCACAGCCCAGCCAGCUCACCUCUGGCCAGCCACGCCUCUCCACCCGCUCUGCACCUGCAGCCACUGGACACCUCCAGACACACCCCUCCACCAGGGCUGCAGCCUCCAGCACCCCGGGAGGUACUGCACUCAUCUCUAACUUAUAACCAUUUAACCUUUUAACCUCUAAACCCUUUUAAAGGUGCAAUAUGCAGAAAUGUCUCUGCCAUCUCCUGGUUACUAAAAUUCUAAUAAUUUGCCUUAUUUCAGUUUAUAUGACAAAACAAGCACUCAGAGUGUAGAGAAUCAUUGUACCAUCUAAACCGCUGUAAAAUAUAUUUUCAAUAACCAAAAAUAUAGUAUUUUCAGCUGUUUGAAGCUGGUGUACAAAACCAAACGUAAAAGACACAAACACGAAACGUAAGAACGGGAAGCAUAGAAAUAGCGCACAUAGAACAGAUCCACCGCAUCUUAGACUUGCUUUCAAUAAGAAUGACAGAUCUAUCCAUUUCUAUGUGAAUUUGGUCAGGUCGCCCAAAAAGUGACAUAUUGCAGCUUUAACACUAUACAUAUCUACCUCUAUCACUCCAGUAUCCCUGCACGUUGUAAAUAUGGUACUGGAACUGACUAACCCUGUAUAUAGCAUACUUACUUACUUCCUUGUGUUCUCUUAUUUCGUAUUUUUAUUUCUCGCGUGUUUUUGUUCUACCUUAUGUUAUUUUUAGUAUUGCAUUAUUAUUGAUUACUGCAUUGUUGGGUUUAGAGCUGGCAAGAAAGGCAUUUCACUGUAGUUGUGCAUGUGACAUUACAACUUGAAACAUGAUUGAAGACUACAGGAGUUGAUGAGUAGAAUGAGGUGUGUUACCAUGCACUACAGUCUGUCCUCUAUACUGUGUGUGUUCCAGGAGUGUAUGUGAGAGAGGAGGUGAUGGACAUGCAGUCUGAGGAGCUGUCUUACCUAGUCUCUGGUCUUAGUCCCUUCACUGAAUACACCUUCACCGUUACCGCAGCUACCUCUAUUGGAGAGGGUCCUGCCUCACACGUCUCUGAGAAGACCCGCGAGCAGAGUACACACAGAUACUGUAUAUACAUUGUUUUUUAAUAGUGUCAUUGUUGUUUAUUAUUGUUGUUGUUUAUUGUUGUGUGUUGUUGUUGUCAUAGUUCCUAGCUCAGUGGUGGGUGUGUCCUAUCAGAACGUUAGCUCCACCUCCAUCCUGGUCAGCUGGAAUCCGCCCCUCUACCCCAACGGACUAAUCACACAUUACACCAUCUACGGACUCAACCUGCACAGCAACCAGGCCCUGCAGAGAGUUACACACAACACAAGCAUACUGCUCACAGGUAACACACACCCAUACUGUAUAUACACAUAUACACACAUGGUACAGGCCUGGUUCAAGCCUGUAAAUAUGUAUUGGUGUUAAGCUGCUUGCUGUGUGUUUCAGGGCUGGAGAAGUAUACAGGUUAUAAGCUGCGAGUGGCUGCAUCUACUGCUGUAGGAGAGAGCUCUCUGUCUGACCUAGACAAUAUCUUCGCUGUCACACCCGACGAUGGUACCAGGCACACACACACAUCCUCUCAUUAUGUGGUUUCAUGAUAGAGAGUCCAAUGUAUCCCUCUCUCUCUCCCUCUCAGAACCUGACUCCCCACCCUUAGGGUUAACAGUGGUAGACACCUCUCCCUCCACCACCACCCUCUCUUGGUCACCCCCGGAGAGAGCCAAUGGGGUGAUCCAACAGUAUGAGGUCCUGUACGAGAACCAAUCGUAUGUGGCAGUGUUCAACAGCUCUGUCCCCAGAGUGACUCUGACAGGGCUGAUGCCAUUCUCCUACUAUAACGUGUCUGUCAGGUCAUACACACGCCUCGGACACGGGAACCAGACCUCAGACACACUCACUAUGCUGUCUGGGGAGGACGGUGAGUCUACACACACACAAACAUACACACACAUACACACACACACACACACACACACACACACACACACACACACACACACAAACUAGGCACAUGCACACACUAACGCCUCAUGUUGAAGUGUGUGUGUGUGUCCCCUCUCUAGUACCGGGAAGUCCUCCCUACGGCCUGUCCUAUGUGUCCGUCAGUCCCAAUGAGGUGAAUGUGACCUGGGAGCCCCCCCUAGUGCCCAAUGGAGUUAUCACGCACUACAGGUACAUCUCUGCAUGACUUCUGGAUUUUUACUGUCUCGUGAUGAAAAUGCACUUGAGAUGAAGUUUGAUUUGAUUUGAUUUACAGCCUUGAGCUGCGAAACUCUUCUCACUUCCUCAACCUGACCACACCCAUCAGCCACGCCCAGAUCACAUACCUAAGGAAGUUUGCACAAUACACUCUGGUGGUGAAGGGACACACACGCAUGGGCCCUGGAAACCACAGCAGUGACCCACUCAACAUCACCACACUGGAGGAUGGUGAGAGCCUCUCAAACACACAAACACACCCCAGAACCACCGCAGUAAACCACUAUACAUCACCCCAAUGGAGGGAGGGAUCCGGGGUAAGAGGGGGGAGGUAGAGGGAGACCAUGGUUAGGGUCAUUGUGUUUCAGGUGGCCGCGUAGUGGACUAUGGUGUUAACGUGACCAGAGACCCUGGACCACAGCAGGUUCAUCAUCACCUCUCACUUCCUCUCUCUGUCUCAAGUCCUCCUGAUCCUCUGACAUCACAGGUCAGAGGUCAGGGGUUACCACAGAGUUAUUUAACAGCACCAAAAACAUCACUUUUAACCAACCAGCUUUACUUCACAGGGAUGUGCUUGCAGAUGAGCCAGCAUGCAGGCGGUAUUUCCAACGAUCAAGGAGCGUUUAGCGAACGUUCUCUCCAUUUCCCCUAGGGGCGUGGUUAUCAGUGUGUCUGUGUUUGGUCUUAAAUAAUAUGAAGUGUGUUUCAGACCCAGAUACUCCCCCUCAGUUCCUGUUAGCCAGGAAGUUGUCAGACUACGAGGUAGAAUUGUCAUGGGAACCGCCGAAAGAGACCAACUCUGAGAUCCUCUACUACAUAGUCAGAGUUUGGUGAGUUUUAUUUCAAUAUUGAUCGUUAGUUUGUGUCCUACUGCUGAUGUGAUGUUGAAAAAGGAGAUGUUAAGGGAUGAGGCAUUCUGAUUGAAGCAUGAGUUACAGCUCCAACAUGGCCUCUUCUUCUUCUUCCUCCUUCCGUCUCUCUCCUGGAGGAAUGAGUCAUCUGAGGUGUGGCAGAAUGUAACAGGUACAGCGGUGGUGAUCAGCGUUGACUCAGAAAGUCGCUACAACGCCUCUGUCUCCAGCUGGACACGCCUGGGGGACGGGGGAGUCCUCAUAUACAUCAGCUUCAGUAUUAUUGACGCAGGUACACACCCACACACACACACACACACAAACCUUUGAGAAAAUCUUGUAGUCCCAACUGAGCAUUGCUACAUGCCUCCAGUUCAUUUUUACUAAACACAAGUGACAUGCAACUUGCACCAAAUCACUCCUGCAAUUCUCUUCCGCAGUGCCAUUUGACCCUCCCCAGAAUGUGUUGUUGGUGAACCUGACCUUUUCCUCAGUGACCGUCCUCUGGCAACCCCCCACUCAGCCAAAUGGAAUCCUCCUGCACUACACUCUGUACUACUCAGACAAUACCACUGUCACAGAACAGGUGAGUUAUACAGCAUUACAUUGUAUCCUACACAGACAAUAACGCUGUUAUAAAGCAGGUGAGUAACACACACACACUGUACGCUCAUGUGUAAAAGUGUGUGAUUUUCUACUUUAAAGGCAUUGUCUCUCUCUCCCCUCUCCAUCAGCAUAUCCCAGUGUCAGAGCUGGAGCCUGUCUCUCUGGGGGAGGACCUGUCCUACUGUCUGUCUGGCCUGAGAGGAGGACAGAACUACAGCCUCUGGCUGACCUCCAGCACCAUGCAGGGGGACGGAGGGGUCCGUACUGAUCCUUUAGAUCUACUCACCCCAGAUGGCGGUCAGUUUCACACACACACACACACAGACACUGACACACACACACACACACACAGAGUCUGCACUGUUUUUUCCAACCUCUUGUUGAACUUGAUAAAAUCACGUAAAAAUUCUGCGAUUUAAGUUUAACUUUCAGCUGGCUAGUGAAAGGAGGUAAGUCUGUCAGUCUGACAAACUGGCCCUUUUUGUCCCUCCGAGGCCUCCGUACCUCAGACAACCAGUUUGUAUCUCCUUUUACUGAACCCUGUGGAAGUUUACUCUUUGACCUGUUGGAUAUCUGAGAAUGUCUUGUAUUCCAAACAGAGCAAUGCUACAGGCAUCCAGUUAUUUUGUAAACGCAUUGGCUAUCAACAAUGUCACAAUGCUGUCAACAUACAUCCAGUAGAGAUGUUUCAUCCUAUAGUUUUGUGAGUAGGUCAUUAUUGUAUUAGUGUUAGUAGUUUAGUCUGUAGCUUAAGAUGCAGAUGAAUCACUUUCAAGUGACAGUAUCUGGAUUAUCACAAGAAGUAGCAAUGUUCCUGUCAAAUAGAUUAUGUAAAUAAAAAUAGUAGCUCAGUCUGGUGUUAUUCAAAAGAAAUGUAGCUAUUGUUCCUAUUUGACGAUGAUCUCUUAGUUUUUAUGUGAUUUUGGGAAAAAUUGUGUAGACAGACUGCUGCCUCCAUCUGACGUAUAAUAGUGACUGACUCUUGUUUCGGUCUAAAGAUGUCUCUAAUACUGACUGUGUGUCUCUGCCUCUGUGCUCCAGCCACGGGACCUCCAGCUCACCCUGCCUCUCCUGCCCUGCCAAGCCCAGCAGGGCUCACUGCCCUGGGCUCAGACACCCACACACCGCCCUCUCUCCUCCACCCAUCCAUCCACUUCACCAGCCUCUCAAUCUGCCUUCACUGAGGUCUCCCCUCCCUCCUUAUAUCCUCCAUCUCCGCGUCUCUCCUUCUUUCCAUCCCUGUUUCCCCUGUUGCACAUGCUCAGUUUGCUCUCUCCAUAUGGUCAGACUCAGUGACCGGAGCUUAGAGGAUGGACACCGAAAGUGGGUGUGGCCAGGAUGAGUAUCUGCUAUUCAAAAUGUCUCUGUUUUUUGUUUCUCGAUUUGAAGUUUCUCUGUUCAAAGAUUCUCAAAACAAAGUUUCCCUGUUCAAAGAUUCUCAAAGCAAAGUUUCUCUGGUCAAAGUUUUCUUGUUUUUUUUCACACUGAGGUUAUUCUCUUCAUAUGAAUCAUGGGGUGAUGAUGAUGUUAAUGAUGAUGUUGUUGUUAAUGAUGAUGAUGAUGAUGACGAUGAUGAAGUGCUGUUUUGUGUUUGUUGAUGUGUUUCUCUCCCUGGGGUGGCUCAAGUGUUUGAUUGGUUGAUAAUGUUGCUGGUUUGGGUGUAGAUGUAUUAUUAUGUGCAUAAAUCACUUGUAGUGUUCUUCUAAUGCUAGGACUGAGUCUGAAGAAUGAUGUAGUUCAGUCAGUGAUACUAAUUCCCCCUCUCUCCCAACAGUGCCCAGUGAUCCGGUCCACAAUCUCAGUGCUCAGAUCUUCAGUUCUACGGCCAUCAUAGUAAGCUGGGACCCCCCUAUGGAACCCAACGGACGCCCCUUCUACCUGCUCACCCUGCAGGAGGCAGUACACCCCCAACCCCCUAAACCUCUGAACCCCUCUUAUCCUAACACCAACUCCCCCGGACCACCCGCUGUCAACAAUACCAUCACCAAGACAACCAACGAUAACGUCUUCCUGUUUACAAAACUCAGGAAGUACUAUCCCUACAUCCUCACUGUUACCCCGGCAACCAGCGCUGGCCUGGCCCACAACCACACCAGCCUGCUGCACGUGAGGACUGAUGAUGAUAGUGGGUCUACAGACACACACACACACACACAAAUGCACACACCAUUUUUUAAAACAUAUACACACACAUACUAUUUACCCACUCUCUCCCUCCAGUCCCCAGUUCAGCUCCAGUGCUGGUGUCCAGUAGGAACCUGUCGUCCUCCUCUGUGUCUGUGGUGUGGCAGCGCCCCCUGGAGGCCAACGGAGAGAUAACAGAGUAUUCCCUCACAAUGUUCAGCUCUGCCGGCUCCAACACCACACACACUCCCAACACCACCCUCAUACUCACACAGCUCCUGCCCUACACAGCCUACAACCUCUCCAUCACCGCAGCCACCCGCAAGGGCUCCGGACCACCGCUACUACUGAUGCUGCACACAGAUGAAGCAGGUAAUCUUUAACCUCUCACCUCUCACCUUUAACCCUUACUAACCUCUAACCUCUCCCUACCAUAACCCCUCCAACUGCUGCUGCAUACAGACGAAGGCCAGUAAUGCACUCUAACAUUGUGUUCCACCAGGUCCGAUGUCUCCUCCCCGUAACCUGUCUCUGUAUAACCACACAGCCUUCUCUGUGUGGCUGACCUGGGAACCCUCUCUGGAACCCAAUGGUGUGGUCACAAACUACGGCUUCAGGAUCUGGGAGAUCAACACAAACACAAUCAGAUACCAGGUACUGCACACACACACAUAAAGACACACACACGCACACAGGCAUGCGCACACACACAUUCACAAAGAAACGUUAACAUUUUUAAAGUGCUCCUGCAACUUUUCUAUGUUCUGUCUAUAAGAUUUCCACACAAAAAAAUAUCUCUCUCUCCCCUCCCCCUCUCACUUCCAGAACUCUACAGGUCCAUGGACAGAAGGACAGCUGAGUGGGUUCAGACCUCACCGCUCCUAUGAGAUCAGUGUGUUUAGCUACACCAGAGUGGGUCAUGGAGACCAGUACAGCACUCCUGUGUCCUUCACAACCAAUGAGUCAGGUACGUAUGUGGGUGUAUGUGGGUAUGUGUGUAUGGGUAUGUGUGGUUGUGGAACUAGAAAUCAAGUGCCAUAUGCGUGUGGAAUUGGCUAUUAACCCUUUUGCAUAAACCCUGUGUCUCCUGGCUCCAGUGUCUGAGGCGGUGGGUAACCUGUCCUGCUCUGGUCUGGGCUGGGACUCUGUGUUUCUACACUGGGAGCCUCCAGCCAACCCCAAUGGACUCAUCCUGUACUACCAGGUCCAGGUGGACACACACUCAGACUCACAGUCAUACAUACACCAGGCUGACACAAACCAGUACACGGUCAGCGGGCUGGCGCCGGACGCAGAAUUCACACUCACUGUGACGGCUGUCAACUCUGCCGGCCCAGGAGACCAGAUCAACUGUACUGCCUACACACACCCUGAGUCAGGUACACACACACACACACACACACACACACACACACACACACACACACACACACACACACACAAACACACUCACACUCACACUCAUACUCAUACUCAUACUCAUACUCAUACUCAUACUCAUACUCAUACUCAUACUCAUACUCACACUCACACUCACACUCACACUCACACUCACACUCACACACACACACACACACACACACACACACAUACACACUACACCAGGAGACCAGAUGAACUGUAUCACCUCAACCCACCCUUAUAUCCUCCUGCAGUGCCUGGUGUCCCUCGCUUCCUGAGUGUGUCAGAGACCAUGUCCACCAGCGUGACGCUCCAAUGGGCUGCUCCCCUCUCUGCUCCGGGCAUGCUCAUUGAGUACCGCAUCACUGUGCAGCUGCUUUCACCGGACUGCCUGUCCAACACACCCCUUUCUGAAGCCACACCUCUCCCAGAGCCGACCCCUUCCCUGGCUCCAGGCUGCGUGGAUCAGGAGGUACGUUUACCUGGAUAUCUGAAUGUAAAUGUUGUUGUGCUGCUGUGUCGUACAUCUGUCUACAUGUAUAUCUGCAUGCUGUAUGACACAGAAGGAAUUUCCUAACAUUGAACUCAACAUCAUCUUCAUCUUCAUGAUCUUCCUGGUCAGGUGUUGGUGUCAGUGAAUGGUUCUGAUGGUGGUGAGGGCAACAGGAGCAUCACUCUCCAGUCUCUGGCCAAGUACCGCCUCUACCGCUUCAGAAUCAUAGCCCUUACUAAUGCUGGGCCAGGAGAACACACACCCUGGAGAUACACGCACACACUGGCUGGGAGUAAGUACACACACACACCCACGCACGCACACACACACACACACAUAUAGUCACAUCCAAAAUUAUUGGAACCCUUGAUAAAGAUAAGCAAAAAAUACUGUUUAAAAUAAAUAAUUCAAAUACCGAGCUACAGUAUAUUGUAUGCUCCAAAAUAUUAGAAAAUUCAAUUAUUUUAUACUAAUACAAUGUACUAAUACAAUGGCGAAUGUGCAUAAAGAUGACAGAAUUCAGAUAUGAUGUAAUUGUUUUAGCACUAUUCAUAACAUUUUUAAACUACGGUGCGCGACAUGGUUCAAUGAGCCAAUAUAUCAGCACAAUCUACGUUGUCGUUUUUUUUCUAAUUGCUGGCAUCUUGGAGCUAGAAUUGGGAUCAUGUAUAUUGUGCUAAUGACGAUACAAAAAAAGAUUCAAUGCUGAGACCAAGGUCUCUUUUCCAGAUGAGCCCUGUAUAGCACAACAAUACACAUCAAAAUACAAUAAACACAUGAAACUACACAUUCAUAUACACAAUAAAACACACGUUAUUAUACACAACAAUACAUGAAAAGCAAAACACAAUCAUAAAAAACAGAUACAUUGUUCAGUAAAAAGCUCCCCUAACAACCGUCUGAAAUGCACUAGAGGCACCAAUUCCUCACAUUUUAAAGUGUAUUGUAGAUCAUUCCACACGUAAGGCGCAAGGAAAUUAAAGUCUGAUCUACCUAACUCUCUAGACACCAAAGGAGCCUCUGUCACGAUCGUCGGAUACAGAGGACCAAGGCGCAGCGUUGAAGGCGAACAUACUUUUUAUUUAAUGAUUACACGAACAAAACAACAAACGAUAACGUGACGUCCUCGGUCUAACACAAACCACACUGGAACAAGAAACCACACCAAAUGAAUGCCAAACGGCUACCUAAGUAUGGCUCCCAAUCAGAGAUAACGAGCUACAGCCGUCUCUGAUUGGGAGCCACCCUGGCCAACAUAGAAAUACAAAACUAGACUAUCACCCUAGCACACAAAACACAAAGAAACAACACACCCUGGCUCAACAUAACAGAGUCCCAGAGCCAGGGCGUUACAGUACCCCCCCCCCCCCCCCCAAAGGCGCGGACUGCGACCGCGCCAAACAUAAACCGAACAGGGGAGGGCCGGGUGGGCAUUCCUCCUCGGAGGCGGAUCCGGCUCCGGGCAUGAUCCCCACUCCCUCUCUAACCCCCCAAAGUACCCCUGGUCCGGUCUGGCCCUGCUGACCGGAGCUGGACUGCACACUGGUGGAGCGGAUUGCUCUAGCUCCGGCGUGAAGCAGCUGACCCGUGCCGAACCAGGCACCGGUGGAACAGGCACGGGCUGUGCCGGACUGACGACGCACACCACUGGCUUGGUGUGGGGAGCAGGAACGGGCCGAGCCGGGCUGACGAAACACACCCCUGACUUGGUGCAGGGAGCAGGAGCGGGCCGGACCGGGCUGACUAAGCGCACCACUGACUUGGUGCGGGGAGCAGGAGCGGGACGAGCUGGGCUGACGAAACGCACCACUGACUUGGUGCGGGGAGCAGGAGCGGGCCGGACCGGGCUGACGAAACGCACCACUGACUUGGUGCGGGGAGCAGGAGCGGGCCGGACCGUACUGGGAACACACCACUGGCCCUACGCGGGGAUCAGGAACAGGCCGGACCGGACUGGCAACACACCCCAGUACCUCUCGCCGUGCCUCUACAUCCUCUUUCCCCCUGGUGACCAGUGACUCCCGUAACCUGGCGGCCUCCUGCUGCCCCGUCGUCCACGGCGUGAGCCCCCCCCUAAAAAUGUUCUGGGCAUCUCUCCUACCCGUGGACCAGGUCUCCAUGUCUCUCGCCAGACUUUCGCCCUUCUGCUUCCAGGUCCAGCCUCUCUCUUCCUCACACGGCUUGACCCAGUCGAGGAGGCGAAGGAGAUCCGCUAGAGAUCUCCCUGGCGAUGGCUCCUGGACACGCUGCUUGGUCCAGUCUUGGUGGGAUCUUCUGUCACGAUCGUCGGAUACAGAGGACCAAGGCGCAGCGUUGAAGGCGAACAUACUUUUUAUUUAAUGAUUACACGAACAAAAGAACAAACGAUAACGUGACGUCCUCGGUCUAACACAAACCACACUGGAACAAGAAACCACACCAAAUGAAUGCCAAACGGCUACCUAAGUAUGGCUCCCAAUCAGAGAUAACGAGCUACAGCCGUCUCUGAUUGGGAGCCACCCUGGCCAACAUAGAAAUACAAAACUAGACUAUCACCCUAGCACACUAAACACAAAGAAACAACACACCCUGGCUCAACAUAACAGAGUCCCAGAGCCAGGGCGUGACAGUCUCCAGAAUUAACCAACCCUGUGAACAGGUUUGAUAACUUGUUAUUUUAAAUCUUAACAGUAAGUCGGAAGUUUGUGGAGCAGGGCUUUGUAAACAAAAAGAGUGUAAUGAUGUGAUCUACAUGACUUCAAGGAGGUUCAGCCAACCUUUUGGUAAAGAAUACAGUGAUGAGUAAUAAAACUGUCUCCUGUGAUAAAAUGAAGGGCGCUAUGAAAAACGGCAUCCAGGGGUUUAAGAGUAGAGGCUGCUGCUCUUUGAUAAAUAGUAUAUCCAUAGUCAAGAACAGAUAGAAAGGUUGACUGCACAAUCUGCUUCCUGCUGACUAGAGAGACAAGAUCUGCUUCUAUUUUUAAAAAAGCCCACUUUAAUGUUAUGGGACUGCUUUGCUUCCACUGGUUCUGGGGCCCUUGUUAAGGUCAACGGCAUCAUGAUCUCCAGGUCAUUUUAGCCAAAAACCUGGUUGCCUCUGCCAGGAGGUGGAAACUGGCCAUCUCAGUCUCUGGAGUUGAACCCCAUUGAAAACCAGUUGUUUGAAUUGUAGAGGGCAGUCCAUAUGCGUAGACCGGAGGAUAACAAGGAUCAGGAAAGAUUCUGUAUGGAGGAAUGGUCUAAGAUCCCUCCCAAUGUGUUCUUCAAUCUCAUAAAACAUGAUAGAAAAAGGCUAAGUGCCAUUACCCUUGCAAGGGAUGGUCCAAUAAUCUUGACACCUAUCUUUUUGAGAUUUUUUAAAAUAACUUUUUAAGCAAAAUCUUUUUCUCUGAGCAAUUGUAUUAGUAUAAAAUAAUAUAAUUUUUUUAAAUGUAGCAUACAAUAUAGCUCAGUAUUUGUAUUAUUUAUUUUAUAGUAUUUUUUGAUAAUCUUUAUCAAGGGUGCCAAUAAUUCUGGAUGUGACUGGACAUACAACAGAAGUACCCAUACACCCAAGCAGUAUGGGUAUAUUUAUACCUGUCUCUCCCCUCAGACCCUGAUGCCCCUCCCAGCGACCUCUCGUUGACCAUGUCCUCCAACAGCCUCCGUAUCGAAUGGCAACUCCCAGAUGUGAUCACCGGCCCCACUUCCUACCUCAUAGACGUAAUCUCUGUGAGUAUACACGCACACACACACACAUAAUAAAAUAAUAAUGAUAAUAAAGGAGUUUCUUACUUCUAUAUGUUGUGUUGGUGUUCAGCUGGAUAGCGAGGGGUUAAACCAGUCUGUAGUACGCGGUCCAGAGGAGCUGAGGACCGUAGUUGUGUCGAACCUGACUGCGUUCACUCGCUACUCUGUGACCGUGACUGCCUUCACUGGACGACUGGAGAACGCACGGCGGGACGGACAAGCCACUGAGCCCACUGUCAUCAGAACAAUGGAGGAGGGUGAGGAACACACACAAACAGCAAUACAGUAGCUGCUUUAUUAAACUGCUAGAAAAUAGUUAAGCACUUUCUCUCUCCUCUUCCUCCUCAUCCUCCCUCCAGAGCCCAGGGAUCCUCCUAAGAAUGUGACCCUGCAGGUGAUUCCAGAGGAAGUGACCCGUGUGUUUGUGACCUUUGCCCCCCCGGAGGAGCCUAAUGGGAACAUCAGUUCCUACACGGUGCUGGUCUACCGCCAGGGUCAGCUAGAGAUGACCAUCGACCGCCUCACCGUGGUCCAAAACAAGAACCGCACCCUGACCGCAGUCAUCGACGGGCUAAAAGGAGGCUACAACUAUAGUAUACGGGUGAGGAUCACACACACACACACACACAGGCACAACUACACAAACACAUGGGUCACAACUAUAAUAUAUGGGUGAGGAACACACACACUGUCACAGAACACUUGUGCUUUCUGAAACACUCCGACCAACUCUCUCUCUCUCUCUCUCUCUCUCUCUCUCUCUCUCUCUCUCUCUCUCUCUCUCUCUCUCUCUCUCUCUCUCUCUCUCUCUCUCUCUCUCUCUCUCUCUCUCUCACACACACAGAUUGCAGCAGUAAACGGAGCAGGUUUAAGCCCCCCCAGCUCAGAGGUUCAGAUCACUACAGGGAUCAAAGGUACAGUGCUACAUAAACACUACAUAAACCAUUCAUAACCCCUACAUAACCCCUGCAUAACCCCAAUAGCCUUAGAAACUUAGUCGUAGGGGGUGUCAUAUUGCGUGUAUGCACUACGAACACUUCAUGAUACAGAAAUGUCUUUAUGUGUGUCUGUGUGUAGCUCCUGCCAAGCCCACACAGAGACCCCAGGCGGUGCUGGACCGAGGAGGAGUUGCAAUGGUAACCUCCAGGAGCAUCAUUGUUCGCAUGCCAACCUGUUUCUACAGCAAUGACAACGGACCAAUCAGAGGCAUCCAGGUCAUCAUGUCCGAAUCUGGGGGUACGACAUCACACACACUAACAUGCACAGACACACACACAUAAACACACAUCUAUCACACAGAAAAUAUAUCCUAAACUAAAAUAUGUAGGAGCCACUGCUAUAGGUCUAGUCUGACAUCUGUCUGUCUCUCUGUCUCAGUGAUGGACAGCAUGAAUGUGACCAACUGGAAGACAGCAUUUCUCUCUCAUCCCGCCCCCUACCUGACUGACAAUGGCUUCCCCAACCCACUCUGUGUGAAGGACCGUAUGAGCAGGGACACACACACACAAACCAGCAGACUCACUGACUCACACAUUAGACACAGCAUUGUGAGGGACAGGGUUCUGGAACAUAGAGACUCAGUGGGGGAGCGCAUAGACCACCAGGAUGAUCACUAUGUCAUCGGAGAGGAGGACAACUGUCUGACUAAAGAGUACAGUAACACACUCUGUAACGGACCCCUCAAACCAAACACUGUCUACGUGUGAGUAUACACAACACAAACAUGUAAACACACACAUGUACACAUAGAUAUAAACACAUACACACACAUACGUACAAAGUUCAAUAAAGUGCAUGUCUUUGUCUGUGUGGCAGGUUUAAGUUCCGAGCCACCAACAUCCGGGGCCAGUACACAGACUCUGACUACUCUGAGCAUAUCAGAACCGCAGGUAAGCACUCCUCUUCUCUCCACAAACUCACACACACCUUUCCUCUACAAUGCAAACUGAUUAAACAACACCACUGUCACUCCUUCAUUAGAAUGUUUUACAUUUUAGUCAUUUAUCAGACUCUCUUAUCCAGAGCAACUUACAGUUAGUGCAUUUAUCUUAAGAUUGCUAGGUGGGACAACCACAUAUCUCAGUCAUAGUAAAUACCAUUUUCCUCAAUAAAGUAGCUAUCAGCAAAGUCAGAGCUAGUAAGUUUCAAGUUAAUGUAACGUGCAGAAGUACAGUGAAAUGCCUUUCUUGCAAGCUCCAAACCCAACAAUGCAUUAAUCAAUAUCAAUGUAGUGCUAAAAAUAACAAGGUGCUGUUAAACAAAAACACACAAGAAAUAGAAAUAAGAAGAACACGAGAAAAUAAGAAUCUAUAUACAGGGUCAGUUCCAGGGUCAGUUCCAAUACCAUAUUAUUUACAAUGUGCAGGGAUACUGGAGUGAUAGAGGUAGAUAUGUAUAGUCAGUGCUUGACUUUGACUGAAAUAGGUUCCGGUAGUCAUUUUGGGUUCCGGUACUCUUUAUAUUUAGGUGCAGGAGCUCCACAAUACUUUUGAACUAAUAUUCUAUAAGAGGAACAGGAGCUCAAGCAGCGUAAAUUAUGAUUGUAUGUGAGUGUGUGUACGUGUGUGUAGAGUCAGUAUAAAUGUGUGUGCAUGAUAUGUGUGUGUUGGAGUGUCAGUGUGCGUGAGUGUGUAGGGUCCUGUGAGUGUGCAUAGAGACAGUGCAAAAAUAAAAUACAAGGGUCCACUCACAUAGUCCGUGUAGACAUUCUGUUAGCUAUUUAGGAGUCUUAUGGCUUGGGGAUGGAAGCUGUUAAGCACCUUCUUCACGACUGUGCGCGUGUGAGUGGUCCAUAGUGAUUUGGACACUGAAGAACUUGAAGCUCUGGACCCGCUCCAUUGCAGCCCGCCGAUGUAAGUGCGAGUGUUAGUUCACAAAAGGCUCUUUUUUUCUCUCUUCCCUUCACCCCCUCCUGUCUGUCAGUGGAUGGUUUGUUGACCAGAGAUGAACAGAUCCUUCUGGGAGUUCUCCUCUCCUUCUUCCUGACCCUGCUGCUCAUCCUCAUCAUCUACGCCUCUGUCAGGUAAACUGGUGUUGGAUUCUAGCUUGAAAUACACUUAUUCAUGUUAAUAAUUGAUUACUUUAUAUGGGGUCAAUGGAGGGUGGAUAAGACCUAGGUGUAUGGAAAGUUACUGAGUGAGGAAGGGGGAGUGCAGAAAGUUUACAUUCUGUUAAAACAUGGUAUUGUUAAAUCUCAUGGCUCCUAAGGAGGGGGGCAAAGGACAACAGUCUGGUUUCAAUCACUGAAAAGGUAGGACAGCCGUGGAGUAGGGAGGAGUGAGGAAUUCAGCCCGAGGUCAGGUCAGAUGAAGUGAGGAGGAACAGUCAGUCCUCUCACUCAUAUAUUUCCACGCCCAUGAAGGUUCUAGCAGGAGGCUACACCAAUGAGAGGAACCAAUUAAGUUCCUGACUAGCAACAGAGAUGUAUUGGCUGUCUAGAUGUGCAAGGAGUUGACUCCGCCUAGUAGGAGGGUAUAAAUAUAUGUGCUUGUGUAAACAUGUUUUUGUCUUUGCAGCUGUAUGACCCAGUGGGGAAUAAACUUGGUUUGAGCUUUUCCUAGUCAUCCGUUUGAGUUUUUACUCUGUUUGUCAGAACCUAACACUGGUUAUAGCUGAUGGUUCUAGCUGACCCAGGUGACCCAGCCAGCCAUAGUCAGUUGUGUCAGAGUGAUUGACAUGUCCCUCAUCCAAUGACAGGAUCCGUCAGCGUCAGAAGGAGGGCGGGACCUACUCUCCCCGGGAGGCGGAGAUUAUAGAGACAAAGUUUAAACUGGAUCAGCUGAUUGCUGUGGCCGACCUGGAGCUGAAGGAAGAGAAACUACACCGGUCAGUGUGUGUUUGCCUGUGUGUGUGUGUGUCUUUUUCUCACACAUACACACUCCCUCUCUCUCAUUCGCACACACCUUCACAAAGGUUUACCCACUGUAACAUUAUGCUCACUCUGCCUCUACGACUCUACCUGCAUGCCCACAGAAUGUGCUUGGCUGCUGCUAACACCCACAUACACACACACACACACACACACACACACAUAAACACACACACAACCACACACAAGGCUGUCUGCACUCUCCACUCUCUCACUCUAACCCAGGGUUCUCCAAACUCGGUCCUCAGGACCCCAAGGGGUGCAUGUUUUGGUUUUUGCCCUAGCACUACACAGCUAAUUCAAAUAAUCAACUAAUCAUCAAGCUUUGAUCAUUUUAAUCAGCUGUAUAUUGUAGGGCAAAAAUCAAAACGUGCACCCUUUGGGGUCCCGAGGACCGAGUUUGGGAAACUCUGCUCUAACCCCUCUCUCAAACUCUCUCUCUCCAGGUAUUCCUCCUUCUUCUUUAGACGGAAGGAGAUAUUUGUCAUCCAGUAAGUUGUAGUGGGCAGUGGGUGUACCCCUUCAAGUGUGGAGCACUCAGUGUGUGUAGCCCUUGUUAUAUAGCACUCCAUGUGUGUGUGUUGCUGUGUUGCAUUGGUACAGUUGGCAGUGUGUAUUGUUGUCUCAUGUCUUUAGUCUACUGAAGUGCUGUUAUUCAUUGAGUGUGUCAGUCUGUCUGUAACUGUACAGUAAUGGAAAGUAAAGUCUGCUGUACUCACAGUGUACUGGUGUGCCUCAUAUUGUUCUGUCAACUCUGUUUCAGACUUCUCAGCUACAGAAAGUCUCUCAAGUAAGUCACGUAAUGAGUGUGUGUGUUGUUCUAUGUGUACAGUAUGUGAGUGUGUUGAGCAGUAAUAGUUUCUGCCCUGUGAAGGAUUUAUCUUCCCCCAUCUCGUUUGUUUAUUCUGUUUUUUCAUAUUUGUUUUAUGUAUUCAUGUGUGAGCUGUGCCAAGAUGUUCCUCUUGUAGGACAAUAAACGUGAUUCUGAUUAUCUCUGUCUCUCAGGCCGGUCAAUAAGAAGUCUUUCCUGCAGCAUGUAGAGGAUCUAUGUGCCAACGAGAACACCAAGUUCCAGGAAGAGUUUGCAGUAUGUAACUCUGACCUCUGACCCCUGUGAAAACCUGCAUGUUUGUAUGUGUGUGCAUGCAUGCGCAUUUGUGUUGUGUGUGUGUGUAGAGUGACAGCAUUAACCCUGUCCUCUCCAGGAGAUGCCCAAACUGCUGCAGGAUCUGGCUACAUCAGACGCUGACCUUCCCUGGAACAGAUCCAAGAACCGCUUCACUAACAUCAAACCCUGUAUGUACACACACGCACGCACACACAGUGAGCGUAACAAACACACACAGCCUAACACAUUCUCUCCUCUACAGACAACAACAACCGUGUGAAGCUGCUGUCUGAACCUGGCAUGCCUGGAUCUGACUACAUUAACGCUAGCUUCAUCUCAGUGAGUCACACACACACAUACACACACACAGAAAAGGGAACGGGGCGGCAGAUAGCUUAGUGGGUAAGAGCGUUGUGCCAGUAAACGAAAGGUUGCUGGUUCUAAUCCCCGAGCCGACUAGGUGAAAAAUCAGUGGAUGUGCCCUUAAGCAAGGCACUUAACCCUAAUUGCUCCUGUAAGUUGCUCUGGAUAAGAGCAUCUGCUAAAUUAAAAAAAGAACACUCAUGCUUUCAGAGAUCACAUUUCUAAACACUCCAACUUUUGUGUUUACUACAAAACUGGAGACCUGUGACUUUACUCUGUUCUGACUAUAAGAUUCUCCCUCUCCCCCCUUAGGGUUACCUGUGUCCUAGUGAGUUCAUAGCGACCCAGGGUCCUCUCCCCGGCACUGUGGCUGACUUCUGGAGGAUGAUCUGGGAGACUCGCACACGAACCAUCGCUAUGCUCACACAGUGCUACGAGAAAGGAAGGGUAAGGACCGGACCAAGGUUUUAGUAGUGUCAGGGUUGUAUGUCUGUUUAGAUCUGCUGUCACCAAUUUUGUGUGUGUUCGUGGGUGUGUGUGUGUGUGUGUGUGUGUUUAGAUCCGGUGUCACCAGUACUGGCCAGAGGACAAUAAGCCGGUGACAGUUUUUGGGGACAUCAUCAUCACCAAGCUGACAGAGGACAUCUAUCCUGACUGGACCGUCAGAGCUCUCAAAGUGGAGAGGGUAACACACACACACAUACAGGGCAUUCAGAAAGUAUUCAGACCCCUUGACUUUUUCCACAUUUUGGUAUGUUACAGCCUUAUUCUAAAAUGGAUGAAAUAGUUUUUUUCCCCUCAUCAAUCUACACACAAUACCCCAUAAUGACAAAGCAAAAACAGGUUUUACAAAAAUAUAUAAAUUAGCACAAAUGUCAAAAAACCUGUUUUGGCUUUGUCAUUAUGGGGUAUUGUGUGUAGAUUGAUGAGGAUUUAGAUUUAUUUAAUUCAUUUUAGAAUAAGGCUGUAACAUAACAAAAUGUGGGAAAAGGGAAGGGGUCUGAAUACUAUAGAGUACAUUCAGUACACACUGUAGAGUGUACAAAACAUUAGGAACACCUUCCUAAUAUUGCGUUGCAGUUCACAGCCCCGUGUAGCUCAGUUGGUAGAGAAUGGCAUUUGCAACGCCAGGGUUGUGGGUUCGACUCCCACGGGGGGGCAGUAUGAAAAUGUAUGCACUCACUAACUGUAAGUCGCUCUGGAUAAGAGUGUCUACUAAAUGACUAAAAUGUAAAAUGUUGACACACUCAAACCGGUGCACCUUGCACCUAUUACCAUACUCCGUUCAAGGGCACUUAAAUAUUUUGUCUUGCCCAUUCACCCUCUCAAUAGCACACAUACACAAUCCAUGUCUCAAUUGUCUCAAGGCUUACAAAUCCUACUUUCAAUUGUCUCCUCCCCUUUAACUAUACUGAUUGAAGUGGAUUUAACAGGUGACAUCAAUAAGGGAUCAUAGCUUUCACCUGGAUUUACCUGGUCAGUCUAUGUCAUGGAAAGAGCAUGUUUUGUACAAUCCGUGUUUUUCCAGAGUAAACAAGUUCAGUUUCCCUCUUGAUAAUCAAAACAUUGUUCUCUCUCCCAUCUCUCGCUUUCUCUCGCUCCCUCUCUUUCUCUCUCUCUCCUCUCACCUUCUCUCACUCCCCCUCUCUCACUUCCUGUCUCUCCCUAUCUCCCCCUUUUUUUCUCUCUCUCUCUCUCUCUCUCUCUCUCUCUCUCUCUCUCUCUCUCUCUCUCUCUCUCUUUUUCUCUCUCUCUGUUUUACUCCCUCUCUAUCCCUAGCAUGGGGACUACAUGGUGGUUCACCACUUCAACUUCACCUCCUGGCCAGAGCAUGGCGUUCCAGAGUCCAGCACCACACUCAUACAGUUUGUUAGAGCCAUCAGAGCCAACAGGCAUGAGAACACCACUAUAGUGGUACACUGCAGUGCUGGCGUAGGCAGGACAGGAGUGUUUAUAGCGUUGGACCACCUGAUCCAACACGUGAGUGAUCAUGACUUUGUGGACAUCUACGGUCUGGUGGCUGAACUACGCAGUGAGAGGAUGUGUAUGGUGCAGAACCUGGUGAGAAAUAUGUAUUUAUACAACAUGUAUAAGUGUUCUUACUGUGAUAUGGAUAUGAUACUUUAUAGUAUGAUCUAGUUUCACCAUGUUUUCUUGGUGCAUUCAAACCUGCCAGACAGAAUCUUAGAGAGUGUGUUCAUGCAUGUCCCCAGACCCAGUAUAUGUUCCUACACCAGAGUACUCUGGAUCUGCUGAACAGUAAAGGAAACAGCCAGUCCAUCUGGUUCGUCAACUACUCUGCUCUGGAGAAAAUGGACUCACUGGAAGCUAUGGAGGGUGAGCACACGCACGCGCACACACACACAUAUACAAGAACACACACUAGCAUACACACACGUCAUAAACGCACAUUUCACAUAUCUACUGUUUUGUGCUCUUGCAGGUGAUGUUGAGCUGGAAUGGGAGGAGACUACGAUGUAAAGGCUGAGAAUUUAUCAGUCAACUUCACACCUGAUAAACACACAUCUAUCCCUGGGUCAUGGGGGGCCAAAUCCUGGACACACUGACUGUUUGUCAGAUGGAUUGCUUCACCAGAGAUAGAGGGAGAGAAAGAGAAGGAGAGAUGAUAGAAACAGUGAAAGAGAGAGAAUUGUGUAGUCCAAACAGAGUAAUGUUUCCUCCAGCUUCUUUGGGAACACAAGUUGCCCUUUUCUGGCAGGAGGGUCAAAACAACACAACAGAAACUUAGUUGUUUACCUGGCCUGAAUCCUCACACCAUUACAGUCCUCUUGGAGCCCUGCGUCUUUUGUGUAAGUCCACAGGUAGAAAAGAGAGGGAUAUAUAUCACACAUGUAAGUUUACAGGUUGCACUAGUCAUUCCACUGUGUAUUUUAUUGGAUUCUUGUAUCAUGUUCUUGUAUAUUAAGUUCUUCAGCCAAAUAGUGUUGUGUCACUGUGUUCAGAAGUUUGCUUCGCUGUGUUACUAUGUUUAUAUCACGUGUUGCUAUGUUUGUCAUUGUAAUUGGGGGGUUUGAGGUAUAAUGUAUUUGUGGGGUAAUCUAGUGUAUUUGAUGUAUUUUCUCUGAGUGUUCCACAUCUGUGUUUUGGACCAGAAGUAAAAUCAACUCCAGUACUCACCUACUCUGUCUGUCUGUCUGUCUGUCUGUCUGUCUGUCUGUCUGUCUGUCUGUCUGUCUGUCUGUCUGUCUGUCUGUCUGUCUGUCUGUCUGUCUGUCUGUCUGUCUGUCUGUCUGUCUGUCUGUCUGUCGUGUCUGUCUCUGUCUGUCUGUCUGUCUGUCUGUCGGGUCUGUCUGUCUGUCUGUCUGUCUGUCUGUCUCUGUCUGUCUGUCUGUCUGUCUGUCUGUCUGUCUCUGUCUGUCUGUCUGUCUGUCUGUCUGUCUGUCUGUCUGUCUGUCUGUCUGUCUGUCUGUCUGUCUGUCUGUCUGUCUGUCUGUCUGUCUGUCUGUGAGCUGUUUAGUAGAUAAAAAUGACACCCCUAAAAGAUUAAAGCAUGAAACACACUGAGAAUCUCACUGCUGAUAGACUGCUAGGUGGGAGGCCGUUCCUUCUCUUGCUAGAACAAAAGCGGUACCUGCUGCGUGCCGACCCGGUAGCGACGAACCUAUCGAUUCUACUUGUAGAAUCGCAGUGCUCGUCAGUAGCCAACAACUUGACUUUGAGCCAAUCAGAAAGCACAAACCCCCACGUGGGGGAGCCAACAAAAAAAAUUAACAAAUCAGGCUAGUAUCAACAAGGGCUUUCUACAAAAUAGGAUCUAGACCAUAAGCAAUACGCACGGAUAUGCAUUGCCAAACAACGCUACUGCCACCUUCUGGUUUGGAGUAUUUUAACAAGGCUGAGUGGCUGACGACUUCGAAAGUCUUUGCUGUGUGAACACAAAAGAGAUUGACUGGUGACACUGUUCAGAGGUGCUAAGUACUGUCGGCAGGCAAACUUUUCACACACACACACACAGACAGGACCCAGGACUCAAGGCAGAGUACAAACUACUUUAUUAUGUAAUUCUCUUCAAACAGAAAUCUUUAGUAAACACUGUAAUUGUUAUAAACAUAUCUUAGUAAAUACUUAAUAAAUGUGACGGUGCACAGCUGCUCUUUUCAACAGUGUAAGACAUCUCCAAGAUGGGUGCAGGACAGGCGAGCCAGACUCAGGGCUAGGGUUAGGGUGAUGAUAUGUUAGGGCUUUAGAACAUGCUAAAUUGUCAACUAUGACUCCUGUUUGUUUUCCACUAAACCAUCUAGCUAAUUCUAACGCUAGCGUGAUCACAGCUAUAGCAUAGCCCUUUACACAGAGCCCUAAUUAUGAUUAUGUAGUGAUGCCAUCAUGUAGAUGUGUCAUCAUCUCUGUGUGUGUUUCCAUGGUAACUGUCUCCCGUGGUAACAGUGGGGUUCUGUUGCCCCCAUAAUCUGAAAAACAAAUAGAUUUCCUCCUCUCCGUACAAAUACAUAAAUACACACAUCGGCAGUCCGUCCAUUCCUUUUACAUUAAAUCUAUAUAUACAGUACCAGUCAAAAGUUUGGACACACCUACUCAUUCAAGGGUUUUUCUUUAUUUUUACUAUUUUCUACAUUGUAGAUUAAUAGUGAAGACAUCAAAACUAUUAAAUAACACAUAUGGAAUCAUGUAGUAACCAAAAAAGCGUUAAACAAAUAGCCACCCUUUGCCUUGAUGACAGCUUUGCACACUCUUGGCAUUAUCUCAACCAACUUCUUGAAGGAGUUCCCACAUAUAUUGAGCACUUCCUUCACUCUGCCGUCUGACUUAUCCCAAACCAUCUCAAUUGGGUUGAGGUCGGGGGAUUGUGGAGGCCAGGUCAUCUGAUGCAGCACUCCAUCACUCUCCUUCUUGGUAAAAUAGACCUUACACAGCCUGGAGGUGUGUUGGGUCAUUGUCCUGUUGAAAAACAAAUGAUAGUCCCACUAAGCCCAAACCAGAUGGGAUGGCGUAUCGCCGGCGAAUGCUGUGGUAGCCAUGCUGGUUAAGUGUGCCUUGAAUUCUAAAUAAAUCACAGACAGUGUCACCAGCAAAGCAACCCCACACCAUAACACCUCCUCCUCCAUGCUUUAUGGUGGGAACUACACAUGCGGAGAUCAUCAGUUCACCCACACCGCGUCUCACAAAGACACAUUUCCACCGGUCUAAUGUCUAUUGCUCAUGUUUCUUGGCCCAAGCAGGUCUCUUCUUCUUAUUAGUGUCCUUUAGUAGUGGUUUCUUUGCAGCAAUUCGACCAUGAAGGCCUGAUUCACACAGUCCCCUCUGAACAGUUGAUGUUGAGAUGUGUCUGUGACUUGAACUCUAUGAAGCAUUUAUUUGGGCUGCAAUUUCUGAGGCUGGUAACUCUAAUGAACGUAUCCUCUGCAGCAGAGGUAACUCUGGGUCUUCCAUUCCUGUGGCGGUCCUCAUGAGAGCCAGUUUCAUCAUAGCGCUUGAUGUUUUUUGCGACUGCACUUGAAGAAACGUUCAAAGUUCUUGACAUUUUCCAUAUUGACUGUCCUUCAUGUCUUAAAGUUAUGAUGGACUGUCGUUUCACUUUGCUUAUUUGAGCUAUUCUUGCCAUAAUAUGGACUUGGUAUUUUACCAAAUAGGGCUAUCUUCUGUGUACCCCCCCUACCUUGUCACAACACAACUGAUUGGCUCAAACACAUUAAGAAGGAAAUAAAUUCUACAAAUUAACUUUUAAGAAGGCACACCUGUUAAUUGAAAUGCAUUCCAGGUGACUACCUCAUGAAGCUGGUUGAGAGAAUGCCAAGAGUGUGCAAAGCUGUCAUCAAGGCAAAGGGUGGCUAUUUGAAAAAUCUCAAAUAUAAAAUAUAUUUUGAUUUGUUUAACACUUUUUUAGUUACUACAUGAUUCCAUAUGUGUUAUUUCAUAGUUUUGAUGUCUUCACUAUUAUUCUACAAUGUAAAAAAUAGUACAAAAUAAAGUUUUGACUGGUAGUGUAUAUAUACCACCUAUAUACACAUAUACAGUAUUCCGAUAUACUCUAAUAAUAUUGUGCAACACGAAGAAGAUCAGCCUCAGUGGGUCACCACGUGUCACAGCCCUCAGAGAGAGGGGAAGGGAAGGGAAGGAAAAGAUGUAACAACAAUCAAUAAUAAUAAUAGUCAAACAUAUUCAAUAUUCUAAUAAAUAAACUUAAUUCAUAAGUCAUUCUGUGGUUUAAUGCUAUGUGUGUGUGUGUGUGUGUGUGUGUGUGUGUAUGUGUGUGUUCAUAUACAUUCCUAUGUGACAUGCAGUCCAGUGGAGAACAGGUUAAUCAUGUGAGAAUGCGUAAUAGUUAACCCUUUAGGGAUUCAGAACGUGAGAUUGAAUAUUCAACAGGACAAAUUAGAUAGAAUGUUAGAACAUUAUCAAUUGAAAGUUGAUGUUUUUACUGAUCAAAUGAUAUGUUAGAAUGUUGAACAGUUUGUUGUCAUUACUGGUAUUUUCCUGAGUGUGAGGCUUGGACCCAUGUUUAAAACCUCAGAGAAUAUAACAAUGGUAUUCGCACACACAUGCAAACAAGCACACACAGACACACUCUUUCACCCGCACACACACUGACAGACCCUCAUACUCUCACACACAUGCACACGCAGAUAUGAUAAUCAGGGCAGAAGUCAGACAUUACGAAUAGCGAUACAGAUUGUAAUCAUCUGUAAGCCAGGACUCAGGAGACACAGUCUUCACUCCCUGCUACUCUGGAACUCACUUCUUCAGGAUCAGAAGUAUUAUUAGCAUCUCAUUAGCAUAUUUUACCACACAUCACCAAAACAUAGUGUGCCAAAGAGGAGGGCUAAACCCUAGAUGAUCUUGAUGAUAUCAUUGAGGUGACCUGUCUCCAUGUCCAGACAGCUCCACACAUGGAGGAGAUCUGUUUGUUCCAUCAGCUGUGUGAUAUCAGGGCAGGGUUAGAGUCAGGGAUCAGGGGGUGA